AUACAGGACCAUAGCUCUCCAGGAACAGGGUUUGAGAGCCCUGGCCUAGAGAUGGUCUGGGACAUCAGUGCAUCUGACGUUUCACUGUAGAGCUUGUUGGUAUUGUCUAUCUAGCUAGGCCUACAUAAUUCAGCUAAUGGGGUCAGUGGCAGCCUUCAUAGGACCUAUUUCAUUGUGGCAGUAACCAGUUGUUUUUGCCUUCUCUACGGACAAGACAAAACAGUGUGGACCUGCCCCUUUAAGAGAAGAGGAUUUCCAGCGAUUUGAAUGCUGCAGAUUCAGAAUCCACAGUAACCUACCUGCCAGUAAAAUAGAGCAUUCAAGAGCAGAAGCAGCAGGCAACUAACUGCACUUGCAUCACAACCACACGGUCGUGGACGGAGGAAUGGGGGGGUGUACAGCUAGUUAGAUUUCCCGAUAAGAAGGAAAAGCUCACUCCAAUUAAGAUGGUGUCGUGGAUUAUCUCCAGGAUGGUCGUCCUGGCCUUCGGGACCCUCUACCCGGCCUACUCCUCAUACAAGGCUGUCAAGACGAAGAAUGUGAAGGAAUAUGUGAAAUGGAUGAUGUACUGGAUAGUGUUUGCGUUAUUCACCACAGUGGAGACCCUCACUGACUUGUUCAUGUCCUGGUUUCCUUUCUACUUUGAGUUGAAGAUAGCCUUUGUGAUCUGGCUCCUGUCUCCGUACACUAAGGGCUCCAGCGUGCUCUACCGCAAGUUCGUCCACCCCACCUUGUCUAACAAGGAGAAGGAAAUAGACGAGUACAUCACCCAGGCCAAAGACCGUAGUUAUGAGACUAUGAUGAGGUUUGGAAAGAGGGGGCUGAACUUGGCUGCUACAGCCGCCGUCACCGCAGCUAGCAAGGGCCAGGGUGUGCUGUCGGAGAAGCUGCGUAGUUUCAGCAUGCAGGACCUGACUCUGAUCAACGAUGGGGAGGAGCUGGGCCUGCGUUCCUCUGACCCGCGCAUGAGAAGAGACCCCAUGGACGACACAGUUACUGGAAGUAGCACGCUAUCUAACACACUGCCCCGCGCCAAAGCCACACGCCAGACUCGUUCCUCCAUGGUUCCUCAUCUUGACGAAUCAUCGCAGCACAGCUCGGACCAAUCAGACACCAGGAGCAUCACCACGGAGCAUUCUGACGAGGACGUCGUGGAGAAGGCCCCCGUGAAACGCACGGCCAGUGUCAGGGCAACCAAAAAACCUGCCGCUGCCAAGACAGAGACGACUACAACUACUAAGACGGUGAAAAAGAUGCCAAAGAAGAAGACUGCCACUACAGCUAUAGCCAGCAACAACGGCGAGUCACAAUGAUACCUGAAUCUACUGUCCCGAUCUACACCCUACUGUACGCUACUACACACACACACAGACACAGCCAAGGACCUCUGGACAGUCACUCUUGCCAGUUCAGCGCAACUCACAGGUUUCGUUCUACUAUAUAUGCCCAGCUUCAUUUCAACUCACAGGUUUCGUUCUACUAUAUGUAUGGCCAGCUUCAUGUCAACAGCACUUUUUUUAUUUAACCUGCUGCUUACAUUUGAGGUUGUAUAGUCAUUGACAUCAGUGUAUGUAAGUGCAUGUUUUGUUUGAGGUG